AUGAAACACACUGAAAAGAAGAAGGAAGAUACCGCUUCUAAGAAAGCCGUGGAGCAAGAUAAAGACGUCAAAAGGCGUAACAAACAUUUUAACUCAAAACAUGUUGACGAGAGCAGGAAGGAUUCUGAAAAAUCCGGGGUGGUCGAUGGGGUAAGAGAUAUUGAUAAUCCCAGUGAUAAAACUGUUUCUAAGGAUAAGAGGGAACGUGGAGUAAAUGGUGAUACGACCCAGGUUGAAGAGGAGAAAUAUGUUAAAAAGCACAACGGUGUUGUUACUCCAAGAAGGGCUUCUGACAAUUUAGAAAACGUAGACGCUGUGAAAGAAAUUCGUGAGGUCAAGAGCUCGGUGAAAUUAUUUUCGUCGAAGCUUUUUGAAAACGCCAUUGGUUCGGUCUGCGUAGUCCAUGACAAAACUACCAGAAGAGGGAAUAAGUUGCCGGGAAAUACGCAUAGACUACUUCAGGCUCACGACAGAGAGGAUUUCGUUGAGAAAGACUUAAUUAAACAUGCUGCGAAAGAAACUGAGCACUUGGAUGAGGUGCAGAAGCAAACAUUACUCGAUAGCGAGGCAAAGAGGGUGUGGACGGGGAAUGUAUGCAAAGGUGAGAAUUCUGAUUGGGCAACUGCCCACCUACCCCUCCCCUAACUCAACAACAGUCAAUUGAUAACAACUUAGGGUUAAUGUUGGGUUAGGGGAGGGGUAGGCGGGCAGUUGCCCAGAUACUGAUGUUGAUCCAAAUAUCGAAAAUAGCACGAAUGCCUGGAGUUGUGUGGUCAAAGAUUCAUUCGAAAGCCAAUGGAAGGACGGGAAUUCUGAAAUAGCGUCUUAAGCACAGGAAUUUUUCCUUUGGGCUCAUUCUCUUAACCUUUUUCAGUCGAGGUAAAAUAUUCAGAAAGCCACUGCCUGCAUUUUUUUUCUUUGAAGGAGGGGAAAGGGCCACUAUCGCGUAUGUUUUUUCUUUGUAUGCGCAAUUUUCUCUUGCUUGAAUUUCUUUGGCUAUCGGUUAUAAAAUUUGGUUUGUAAGUACAUAAUCUUCGCUGCCUUCUGUAACGUUGUUCAUGAUUUGCAGAUCGGCAUAGGACGACAAAUGGAAAAGAAAAUAACGGACCAUACAACGGAGGAAGAAGAGGAACCGGAAACACUCUGAAAGAUGAUCCAGAAAGAAAUGUGGACGUUUACCCGGCAAGGCGACAUAGCGGUCACAUUUUCGGCAGAAAAGAAGAACGCUUCUCAGGUGAAGAUCUAUGAUCUUUCGUUCCUAUAUAAAUUUUUUUUCGGUUGAAAUUCGAAAAAAAGUAAAGAUAAAUAUCCUGAAGAGUUGGUUGUGACAAAUUCUGAAUUUGUGAAGGGGGCGAACAUUUGAGUUGAAACGCGAAGGGUUAUUGAGAUUACUGCUCCGGGCUGCCUGCACGCAGGCCCUGCUUCCACAAUUUUACAUUAUAGUGUACUUCUGCAAAUGCGGGUUGUCCUUGAGUGCUAGUGCCUCUCUAAUUGACUAAAUUGUCAGGGUUCAAAUUCCUUGGACUGGAAAAACUCGAUUUGAAAAUUGUUUUAAUUUUUUUUAAAGUAAGCGUUUAACCACUUCAAUUGCCAACCUUAACUUUUACCCCCAAAAUAAUCACGCGAUAUUGUUCCUAAAACAUCAACAUCCGCAUUUUGCAUCGCCGUUGCUAAAUUUUGUUCGCUUCUCCAUUUGCAGAAGAUCACGGCCUUCAAGCGAUGGAUCCAAGUGGGGAUAACAGAGAAUUCGAACAAGGCGCCGUUUUUGGGGACAAAUCUGAUACUCAGCCGGAAACGCAGAUAAAAAUCUUCUCGCAAACAGAAAAAGAGAUGGAAUCGCCGAUGAGACGGGUCCAAUUUGGUUCCUCAUCGAGUCGGCAAGACCUGCGGAUCACCUCUGAAAGGCAUUUCGUGAUCGAUCCCGAGCUACGAGGUAGAAUUGCCCAUCCAAAAUAUCCAGUGCGUGUGCCAGACAGACCGCUGGACAACUUAGACCUGAACGAUCCCAGCCGACGAGAUUAUCUGAAUUACACUCCAGGGCGGAACGUGUCUCGAGUAAACGGAUUAUUCGGUCGCAAAUGGGAGGAAAUGAUGGAUAGAAGACAGGAAAAGGAGUUCGCUGAACAAGAUCGCAAUUUCGAGAAUGAAUCAGUUGUUUUCAUCCGCGACUGUCCUACUUUUAUGAUCUGGGGAACAUGCCACCGCGGGGAACGAUGCGAGCUCCGCCAUCCGUCCUACAGGUAUCUAGAGCGCGCGGCGCCGAGUCCUGCUGCAAAACCUGAGCCGGUACAGGUAGAACCCAAGCCGCAAAACUCCAGAUCUUACGCCGCCAUCCUGGAGAAGACUAAGUCUCCCGCAAACGCUGAUUUCGUCAACAUUGCUCUUUCUAAAGAAGGUUCGAGCGAGGGAAACUUCGAGGACGAAUGGCCGGCGCUCGGCUCCCCAGGGAAUGGGGAGGCUUCCAAAUCACGGAAGUUCAAGAGUACCGUUCAAAAUGAACCGAAGAUUGUGUGUCACACGGAACCAGCUGUUGAAGGGUCCAUGAGUGGUCAAGCACAGAUUGUCAGUGACCAGCUCAUUGCUGAAACGUUACAGGUAGACGAGUACGCUGAGUUUAACGAUUUUAACGAUGACGAUUAUUUGUAUCCAGCUAAUCAAGAUCAGGAACUAAACGAGCAGGGCUAUUAUAACGAGCAAGUUGAAUGCACUCUUGAAGAUGACGAGAAUUCGUUUGACACUAGCGAAGUGGGAGGUAAAGCCGUCCAUGUUGAACGGUUUAACUCUUUCAACUUUAGCCCGUUUAUUAAAGAGAGCACUUCAGAUCGCGGUGAGGAGCCGGAAAAGGUGGAAGUCUCUACCACAUGCGAUAUCUGCAUGGACAGGCCUAAAGACGCCGCGUUGAUUUGCGGUCAUAGGUUCUGCUACCAGUGCGCAUUGCAGAUGCGUGCCGACGAACGUGUUUGCGCAAUUUGCCGACGUUGCAUUGUGUCUGUUAUAAAAACGUUCAACUGA